AUGGGAGGUCCCUAUGAAUCUCCAGCCGCCUCGUUAGGCGGGCGUCCCUCCAUGCCAGCGGACAUCAUCGCCUGCGCCAUCUUCAUAGCCAUCUUCGCUGCCAUAGGCGCAGGCCACAUGAGUAUAUUCCAAAUAAACUUAGCGCGCGGACACAAGUUCAUCGCAUCAGGCGCCUCAUUUGGAUUCUGUUUCUCGCGGGUAAUAGCGAACAUCCUCCGAGAAACAUGGGCAUGCUACCCGACGAACGCCCGCAUAGCCAUCGCAGCACAGAUCUUCGUCAACGCCGGUGUGCUGAUCAUCAUGAUUAUCAACCUAAUCUUCGCACAGCGUGUUCUCCGUGCUGCGUUCCCGCGGAUAGGAUGGACGCGAGCAGUUUCUACCGCGUUCAAAGCGAUGUACGGCCUUGUCAUAAUCUCUAUAAUUAUGCUCAUCACCUGCAUUAUUCAGAGCGCUUAUUCCCUCAAUGCGAAUACGCAUCGUAUCGAUCGCGAUAUUGAGAUCUAUGGCAUGACCUACUUCCUUGUUAUUGCGUUCCUUCCUCUGCCAAUUGUGUUGACGGUCUUGUUUUCUGGGCGUGGUGCCAAGGCUGAGCAGUUCGGUACUGGGUCCUGGAAGGUUAAGACUGGCAUCAUCCUCGCUGUGUCUGUUCUUUUGACUCUUGGUGCUGGCUGGCGCACUGGUACUGCCAUGAUGCCAACGACGCUCGCUACGAAUCCGCCCUGGUACUUCCACAAGGCUUGCUUCUAUGUUUUCAACUUUGGCAUGGAUGGCUCGGCUGUUGGACUUUACCUGUUUGGUCGGGCUGAUAAGCGAUUCCAUGUACCGGAUGGGAGCUCACAACGACGAACUUAUGAUAUGGUAGAAGAGAAGAUGGAGGAGAAGGAUUUCGUUUAG